UCAACAUUGAACACAAGACAAAACCGCGUCACAAAAACGACACACUACAAAUACAACUCUUUGUUUCCCUCUUCUUCUUCAUCACACUCUCUUAUACACUGUAUUAAAUACAGUAUAUCUCAGUUUCAUUCUCUCUUCCUUCCGAUUUCACAAAAGAUGGGCGUCAAAAGUUUCGUUGAAGGUGGGAUUGCCUCUGUAAUCGCCGGUUGCUCCACUCACCCUCUCGAUCUCAUCAAGGUUCGUCUUCAGCUCCACGGCGAAACUCCUUCCUCCUCCACCGUCACUCUCCUCCGUCCAGCUCUCGCUUUCCCCAACUCUUCUCCUGCUGCUUUUCUCGCCGAGACCACCUCUUCUGUUCCCAAACUUGGACCGAUUUCACUCGGAAUCAACAUCGUCAAGUCGGAAGGCGCCGCCGCGUUAUUCUCCGGCGUCUCCGCUACACUUCUCCGUCAGACUCUCUAUUCUACCACCAGGAUGGGUCUUUACGAAGUGCUUAAGAACAAAUGGACUGAUCCUGAGUCAGGAAAGCUGAGUCUGAGUCGUAAGAUCGGUGCAGGGCUGCUCGCUGGUGGAAUCGGAGCCGCCGUUGGAAAUCCGGCCGACGUGGCGAUGGUUAGGAUGCAAGCUGACGGGAGGCUUCCUUUAGCACAGCGUCGUAACUACGCCGGAGUAGGAGACGCAAUCAAGAGCAUGGUGAAGGGAGAAGGCGUAACGAGCUUGUGGCGUGGCUCUGCUCUGACGAUUAACAGAGCGAUGAUUGUGACGGCGGCUCAGCUUGCAUCGUACGAUCAGUUCAAGGAAGGGAUUGUGGAGAGUGGUGUGAUGGAGGACGGGCUCGGGACUCACGCGGUUGCGAGUUUCGCGGCGGGUUUCGUCGCGUCGGUGGCGUCGAAUCCGGUGGAUGUGAUAAAGACGAGAGUGAUGAAUAUGAAGAUGGGAGCGUACGAAGGCGCGUGGGAUUGUGCGGUGAAGACUGUUAGAGCUGAAGGAGCUAUGGCUCUAUAUAAAGGCUUUGUUCCUACGGUUUGUAGGCAAGGACCUUUCACUGUCGUUCUCUUCGUUACCUUGGAGCAAGUCAGGAAGCUGCUUAGUGAUUUUUGAUACUUCUAUUCUUUUAUUGAUGAUGAUGAUGAUGAUGACGACUACUAUUUUAGUAUAUUCAUUUUUUCAUUUUUGAAAUACAGUAGUGAACCCAAAGAGGGAAGAGGAGUUCAAUAUACUUUUGUUCAAAUCCUUGUUAUAAAUACAAUUCAAUUUCUGUUCC